CCGUUGAAGUACUCCUGCUGGAAGUUCUCGCAUUGUUCCAGGUCUGGGUAUUGAAAUAUCUCGUCAGCCAGGAGCAGUGAACAGCUCCCGACACAAUCGCCGCGAGAGGCCCAUUGAAGGGAGACGUGAAGAGGGAAGAACUGAGGAAGUUGACGUUGUCGUUGAAGUGGAAGUCGAGGAAGUCGAGGAAGGCGCGGUAUAUCUUUCGUAAGAUACCGCGAGGAUGACGGUAUUGGAAACGGAUAGAUUACCAAAUGCCAAGACUUCCGCUGAACUUUACCGCCCCAGCCAUUCUGCCUGACUAUUCUGCCCGAGCGGUCAGCGCGACCAACGAAGUGUCAACGUCAACACGAAGGACGGACGGGAAGAUUCGCUCAUGCUCGACGGCCGCUCUGCCAUCAUGCAGCAUUCCAGGCCUGCAGCGAAGCCGAAAUCGGUCAAUUGGAGUCCUGCCGCCCAUGGGGCUGUCUUUGUGCGCAAUCUGAAGCUCCUCCAGCUCGACCAGCAGGAAGACUGGCCCAACAUCAGCACGCGCACGCUUGCUCCCUCCCAACAGAACCAGCGGCAGCGCGUGAAAGCGGUGGAAUGGGCGCUCUAUCAGCUGUUUUCCAUCUGGGAUCCCGAGGCGACCUAUACGAAACUGCGCCCGUUCUUCCCUCCGUUGGAACCGCUGCAGUCGGUGAAUCUCCGCGCAGCCCUGUUUCGCGCGUUGACGGAGCUGAAGAAAAAUGGAGACCUCGGAAGGGAAUCGGUCGUUCGUAAGACCAUGCUGGAUGAUUGCAAGGGGGAGAAGUUCGAGGAGCUGCUGGCUGUGUUCUCCACGGCGGUGUUGAGGAAGGUGGUGGCUACCACCGGGCUGAUUGCAAACCCUGCUUUGAAGGUGUCCAUGGCGAGUGGUGUCACUCCAGAGGAGUACCAGGCGAUGGUGCCUCUAAUUAUUGCGCACCAAGCUUCUCUGAGUGGGAUGGCCGAGCGCCGGGAGCGCGUCCGGCAGACGUACGAGAAGUUCAACCAACUGUUGGAGUUAAAAAGGGCCGAGCUUACUGAAAGAGCAAAGGAGAAUCCAGUCUCCAGUGCCAAGACGUCGAUGGAUGUCGAUGUCGCGCGCGAGAUUCGAGCAAAUUGGCUGGGGAGUGCAGAAUGGGCCACCACACUGCUCGAGGCAGGAUCUCGAAGCAGCACCGACAGCUUCCUAGAGCUACCGUUUGCCAGGGCUUGGGCGCGAGCAAACGAGUCAACCGUGGAGGAUCUCACCAGUGCUCCAAGCAACGACCUUUUGGUGGACCUCGAGCUGCGCGUCGCGCAGCAGCGGCGUCGGUUGAUCAAGUGGCGGGAGUUUAGAGAAUCGAUCAAGAGCGCCGAGGUCCCCAUGGCUCAGCGGAGAGUGGGCAGCGCCAAAAUAGUCUUCAGAGACCACCAAUCGCUGAGCGUCGCGAGCAUAUCGAAAACGGUGCACGACUCGGGCGAGUCUGCCGCACCCUUGCAGAAAGAAGAUGAGGCACUGCUCGCUUCCCUGGACCAAGCCCUGGCUACGAUCAACGGCAAGGCCAGCUCUUCUCGACGGCCUGUCUCUACUUUUGAACCCCGGUCUCGGUAUGCAGAGAGCCGCCCACAAAGCCAGCACAUAUUUCCGCCGCCUGCGCUUCUACAGCCAGAUCCUGUGCUGCGGAACCCGUCGAGAGAACGACCGGCACGAGGCGUGUCCCCCGUUGUCCACGUCUCUGCCGACGCGAGCUCAGACUCGAGCCUCAAGUCGGAUGCCUCCUCGGACACCCCUGAAUUACAACAGCAUUAUCGACCACGAGUGAAUCUCGUCGAGCGAACCCGAAAGUCCAUGUCGCUCGUCCUGCCUCCUCGCGAUCGUCCACCCCGCGAGAGUCUCGCGCGCUCGCACCGGCCUCGUCCUUCCUUCCCCGUCAACCAGUUCGACGCGCAACACCACCUCCCCGUGGACUCGUUCGAUGUUAGGGCCGUCUCCCGCACGCCAACGCCCAGGGAGGAGCUCUUCGACGAAGAGGCCGAGUAUUCGAGCGUGUUCAAGUCGAGGCCCAGGGUCGUGCAUAGUCCUGUAGCCUCGCCGGCGGUGCAUGUCUCGCCGUUGGAUCUAGAUAUGGUGGAUCUUCCGGAGAGCCCGUUGGCUAGGAGGAAUAAAUAG